CCACUCCUUCCCCCAUGCAGGUACCGUGGAUAAACAGACUGUCGAGGUCACAAAUUGCUUCUCCGUUCCCCACAAUGAGUCCGAGGAUGAGGUGGCUGUGGACAUGGAAUUUGCCAAGAACAUGUAUGAACUUCACAGGAAGGUCGCUCCCAACGAGGUGAUCGUGGGCUGGUUUGCCACCGGGCACGACAUCACGGAGCACUCGGUGCUGAUUCACGAAUAUUACAGCCGCGAGGCGCAGAAUCCCGUUCACGUCACCGUGGAUACCAUGCUGCAGGACGGCCGGAUGAGCAUCAAGGCCUACGUCAGCACUCCACUUGGCGUUCCUGGGAAGACCAUGGGGGUCAUGUUCACUCCAUUGACAGUGAAAUACGUUUAUUACGACACAGAGAGAAUUGGAGUCGAUGUGAUUCAGAGGACCCGGACCAGCACAAACCGGACCAUUACCUUGUCCAGUGAUCUUCAGCAAGUCGGCACAUCAGCAGCUCGGAUCCAGGACAUGCUCACCACUGUCCUGCAGUACGCUGAGGAGGUCCUG